ACGCGACGACGACGCGGCGCCGUGGACGGUGGAAUUGUUGGCCGCCGGGACGUCUCGACGACUACUUUUGUACAAUGAGCGGAGGAGUUUCAUGCCCCGUCUGCAAUAUCGUGGUCCAGGAAAAUUUCAUCAAUGAACAUCUCGACAGUGGCUGCAAAUCUCACAUCUACGAGCAAAUCGACGCGCCGCCCAAAACUCAAACACACAGCUUCUUCACACCUGCCAGUCGCAAACCUCUUGCUGUCCCACAUUCCCAACAUGGAAACCCUGCUUCAUCGCCGGCCGCUCCCACGCCCACCGCACACCGACCCAAUCGAUCCAACACGCCUCCGACAGGCACAAAACGGUCUCUAGAAUCCUCCGAUGUCCCAUCUGGUGGUGAACCGCAGUCACCAUCUGCAGGCAAGCGGAAGAGAUCAAAGGCAAUCGUCGAUGCCCAGCCUCUUGCUGAAAGGCUGAGGCCCAUGAAGUUAGACGAUGUCUUUGGACAAGAACUCAUUGGUCCUGGGGGAACUUUGCGCGGACUGAUGGAGGAGAACAGGAUACCGUCCAUGAUUCUUUGGGGGAAAUCAGGCACAGGUAAAACGACCAUUGCCCGGAUUCUGGCUCACGCAUCCGGAGCCAGAUUCCAGGAAAUCAACAGCACAAGUACAAAGCUUGAAGAAGUCCGCAAAAUAUUCGACCAUGCCCUCAAAGAGCUCCAGCUGACGGGUCGCAAAACUAUCGUGUUUUGCGACGAAAUCCAUCGCUUCUCCAAGACACAGCAAGAUGCUUUCCUGGCACCCGUUGAGUCUGGCACAAUCACUCUCAUCGCCGCCACCACAGAGAACCCGUCCUUCAAAGUCAUCAGCGCCCUCCUCUCCCGCUGCCGUACCUUCACCCUAAACGAUCUCUCUGAGUCCUCCCUCCUCCUCAUUCUCCAGCGCGCUUUAGCAUCCGAAAACUGCACCUCCCCACUCCUCGAUACCCCAAUGCUAUCCUACCUCGCCUCCUUCGCAGACGGCGACGCCCGCACCGCCCUGAACCUCCUCGAACUCGCAAUCUCCCUCUCCAAAGUCCCAGGCACAACGCAAUCCUCCAUAAAAGCCUCCCUCACAAAGACCCUUGUCUACGACCGCGCAGGCGACCAACACUACGAAAACAUCUCCGCCCUACACAAAUCGCUGCGCGGCUCCGACCCAGACGCAGCACUCUACUACCUCACACGCAUGCUCAAGUCCGGCGAAGACCCGCGCUUCAUCGCGCGCCGCCUCGUCGUGGUUGCUUCCGAAGAUGUAGGUCUCGCAGACAAUUCCAUGCUCUCCCUUACCACUGCUACGUAUUCGGCGUGUGAGAAGAUCGGGCUUCCGGAAUGCAGCAUCAACCUCGCGCACGCCGUCGUGGCGUUAGCUCUUGCGCCGAAAUCGACGCGCGCGUAUCGUGGAUUGAGGGCGGCGGAGGCGGCAUUGGGUGAGCCCGGUGUUGCGGCUUUGCCUAUCCCGCUGCAUUUGAGGAAUGCGCCUACAAAGUUGAUGAAGGAAGUUGGGUAUGCGAAGGGAUACAAGUAUAACCCGGAUUAUAGGGAUGGGAAGGUGAAGCAGGAAUAUCUCCCAGAGGGAUUGAAGGGCAGGAGGUUUUUGGGAGAUACAGAUUUAGGAAGCAUGGUCGAUGAGGAGUUGGAAGAGGAGGAGAGAGGGGAAAGUAGAGAAGGAAACCUGGAAGAGGAGCUGCCGGAGAGAGGCAAACAGGAGGGGUGGGAGGAAGUAGAUCAAAAGGUUGAAGGAGAAGAAGACAUGGAUGUUGAAGAUGCCGGCGAUGGCGAUGAUAGUCUCCAGCCUGAGUUGGAUUUCUAG